CGAGAACCCUCACGUCCUCAGGCACUGCAUCUACCGAUUCAACGUCCGUACUAUAAGCAGCUUCACAGCCUCAUAUCUGACACGACAAAGAAAGUAUAUUUUCAGCCGACACAAAUGUGGCCACGCACCCGCGAGUUACCCACGCGUUUUGCGCCUACGACCCAUUGGAAACUCUUCCUGCGAGAGGACAAGCAGCUCCCUAACGCCGCUUCCGCCGCCGCCAAGGCUCAAGCACGCGCGCCACACCACCGCCACAGUACCGCCGUGCUUGUGACCAAAUCCACACCGCCUCCCGCAGGCUUGCUUGGCUCAGUACAUACGCAUCUCUACAACCGUGGCCCACCCGCUCAGGAAUAUAUCCGUUUCCACCCUCUGGUUAUUAAUAACCCCUCCAACUCGACUCAUAGAGCCAUUCCGCCUCUGCACAAACCGUUCCGCAGAAUUCAACUAACCAAACGGGCGCAAGGAGUUAAUCAGCUGAGCCAGGAGGACACUAAGGAGUGCGAAUUGCCACUCGACAUGGAGUGUGGCUGCAAGACUAAGCGCGAGAAGGAGCAGCAGGAGAAAGAGGCUCUAGAACUGGCCGAGAGACGCCGUCGAGAUCAAGAUAAUCAGCAGCACGAACACGACAAGAUGCACGCUAUGGUCAACAGAUCCACCGUCACUAACAGCGCAGUACAGAGCAGUUUCCACCGCCGACAUCUGCCACAGGACUGUAUCGCCUUCUCCAGUCCGGAAGGCCGCAAGCUCUUCACCGACGCCAUCAACAGCAGCACAAACUACAUGCAAAUCUACUUCCCGUUGGCCGAGCAGUUUAUUACCCAGGCAGAGCCUGCGUUCUGUGGCUUAGCCACACUGGCCAUGUGUCUAAACGCCCUACAAAUCGACCCUGGCAGACUGUGGAAAGGACCGUGGAGAUGGUUCAGUGAAGAACUCUUCGACUGUUGCACCUCUCUUAGUGUGGCCAAGGAGAAAGGUAUCAGCAUGUCGGAGUUCAUAUGUUUGGCACGCUGCAACGGCGUCCUGACGGAGGAUUACCGAGCUACGAGUGACUUUACACUGGAACAGUUCAGGGAAAUCGUUAAGCGCAGUUGUGCUACAAGCUCAGAGAUUGUAGUACUAAAUUACAGUCGCAAGGUGCUUGGACAGACCGGAGACGGCCACUUCUCACCCAUUGGAGGAUAUCAUGCCGAGAGAGACAUGGUAUUGCUCAUGGAUGUGGCGAGAUUCAAGUACCCACCACAUUGGGUGAAGAUCUCGCGUGUGUAUGAAUCUAUGCAACAAAUGGAUCCGUCAAUGGACUUGCCGCGUGGGUUGGUGGUACUGAAAGAGGGAGCCCAUGCAACGGGCCCCUCGCUCGUUAAACAACAGCUUAUUCACUGCGACGAACAGACUGCUGUGCCAGUGAUGCCAGCUCCGCAGCCAUGUUGCUACAGCUCGUCGUCGGUCGAGGCAGCGCGCCGAAUGACGGACCCCACUGUUACGGCUCAGAAUUAGAGAUGGAAGGUUGAUGCGAUUUGGACCGUCGUGCGU